AGCCUGCCUCGUCAAAUAUCGGGGCCUGGUGUGAAUAAUUCAGCUUGACUGGCAUUUUUUCUUACGUGGCAGGGCUUACUGUGCUGCGUUUUUUUCGUUUAAUUCUAAGUAUUAUCAGGCUGGAGUCAGAGAGUCACACAUUCAGCCGGAGUUUCCAGUUUCCUCCUCAGGUCAGAGUGGAGGGCGAAGGCGUGCUCCGUUACCAAGGCGACGGUCAGCUAACAGGGCACGCUAGCGGGGCUAAGCUAGCACCCACUUUAGUGUCCCGUUGACACGUCGGUGCGUAAAGAAAAACACACAUUUUCAAACUUAACAUUGAAAUGUCCUCUCCAGACACCCAUGUUAUGGAUAUUCGACUUCAAUGCGGCGGCUAAGACUCAAAGGAAUGCAUUGCUACAAAAUAAUCAAGAAAAUCGGGGAGGGUACGUUUUCAGAGGUUGUGAAAACUCAGAGCCUGAAAGAUGGGAAGUUUUACGCCUGUAAAACCAUGAAGCAGACAAUUAACAGUCUGGAACAGGCCAACAACCUGCGGGAAGUCCAGGCAAUGAAGAGACUGAGCCCUCAUGCAAAUAUCAUCCAGCUGCACGAACUGAUUUUCGACAAAGAAACUGGAACCGUGUCUUUGAUAUGUGAGCUGAUGGAGAUGAAUAUCUAUGAGUACAUACAAGGAAGAAAAACACCACUGCCUGACCAAACAGUAAAACACUACAUGUACCAACUUUGCAAGUCACUCGAACACAUGCACAGCUGUGGGAUCUUUCAUAGAGACGUGAAGCCUGAAAAUAUUCUCAUCAAACAAAAUGUUUUGAAGCUUGGUGACUUUGGCUCAUGUCGGAGUGUGUACUCGAAGCCACCGCACACGGAGUACAUCUCCACACGCUGGUACAGAGCCCCGGAGUGCCUCCUCACCGAUGGGUAUUACAGCCUAAAGAUGGACAUCUGGAGUGCUGGAUGUGUCUUCUUUGAAAUCAUGAGCUUGAAUCCUCUCUUCCCGGGAGGCAACGAGUUGGACCAGGUAGCUAAGAUCCAUGAUGUGUUGGGGACACCAGAUCAAAGCCUUCUCCAAAAGUUCAAGCAGUCGAGAGCGAUGCAUUUUAACUUCCCCCCAAAGAAAGGCACCGGUAUCUCGCGGUUAAUCCCUAACUGCCCAGCUCCGGCUCUGUCACUGCUUUAUCAGAUGCUCGCCUAUGACCAAGAUGAACGCAUCACCGCAGAAACAGCCCUGAGGCACACAUACUUUAGGGAAGUCAGGAUGGCAGAGAAGAAAGCAGAAACUCUUCACAGAGUUUCUGGGACUAUGGAUGGAAUUGGGAGCAGUGUGAUGCAAAACUCUUUCGAACACAUCUGGCGACCAACCAGACUUGGCAAACAGCUGAGGGGAAGACACACAAGACAAACGCCUUUAAUGAGUCACAACCUGAAGCAUGUAGCAGACCCCCUCAUCAGAAGAAACGUCCCCCAUUACCCAGCAGAGCUGCCCAAGAUUAACAUGGUCGUACCAGGACCACAGAUCUCCUUCCCAGUCUCCACAAUGCCUGCGUGUACCGUGACUCACCGAGGCACACUGCCAGCCAUCACGUCGAAAAAGUGCCAGUCACAGUUGGCCAAGCCCCGGGAUGAGUCACACCGCGCAGCUUUCAAGACCUACUAUAUGCCACCUCUGGACAGAAAACACGGAGGCUUCUGAGAGCCAAAUACACUGAAGUAUUACAUUUACAAAUGCCUUUUAAAACGGGAUAGAUCUGUACUGACAAACAGAUAUGCUGAGAGGACAGGCUCUAUGUUGAAAUCUGUAGACAUGCUUGAGAAAGAAACGCAAUGAAGUUGACCAAAACUGUCAUCUUACCAGUUGUUACAACUGCUACACAAAACUGUUGAACCUCAAUUGUAAUAAUGAAAUUCAAUGUGACCUCUCCCCAAAUAAAGUGUUCUUUCAUAUAAUGUUGGAUUAAGAGUGAGUAGGUUUAGUUUUACUUGACCUAGUCAGGUGUUAUACAUUUACAACCCUUUGACAGACUUUAAACUGAGCCUCAUUUAGUACAAAAGCUAAAUAAUAUACUGUAUUUGACAAGUGAAGAGUAUUUUACCAUUAGUGAUCAACAUUUUCAACUUCUUUUAAAGUAAUGUGGCACCUUUAAAAAGUAGUCACACUUCUUGAACUUGUUCAGGUUGUAUUAUUUUACAACUCUGAAUUAAGCUAUGUUGGCACUGAUCGGAAAAAAAGACUUAAAUGUCUACGUGAAAACAAAUCUCAUCAAUUCCUCACCCUACACUGACAACACGCAUUUUCAAAUGAUAAAUUAGAUGAGACUCCAAGUUUCUAAUUACAGCUGAACAAGUGACUUUAGGUUGAACACACUGGGGAUCAGGAAGGUCCAACGGCCGAAUAAUUAAUUUCCUGGUCGAGAGAGAAGAUUCAUUUCCUGCAAGAAUAAGACUCUAAACGUUAAAUGAAAACUACACAGGAGAAUUAAAAUGUCCUGGAAAAGCCAAGUUAAAGUCUAGAUUUCAAUUCAACUGAGACAUAGUACAGAAGCUGGAAACAUUUAAAUGCUACAUAGUAGUUUUAUUAAUCCAUUGAGCUUCAAAGUUGUAAAGUAAGAAAAACUCCAAGGUCAGGGUUGAAGUCUCUUUGUAAUAACCAUAUACUUGUGAUAGCAUGUCUUUUAAACUACUAUGAAAUAUGUCCACCUGAUUCCAGGGUAAUAGUCUUCCUGUACAAAGGUCAACUGCAAAAACAUUCUCAUUAAAUCGUGCUCCGUCACAACAUUGUGUGUGGAGACAUACUUUAAAGGCACAUUUUGUGCUCUAGCUGUAAACUAAAUAAACAGCUUGGAGUGGGCUACAAAAGACAGAAAUGGAAGUUAAUAGGAAUUGACCUUCCUUUUAGAUUAGCUAUGUAUGUGGAAACACGUGUUGAUAUGCUUGGAUAUGUUGCAGACUGGGCCUUAGAAAGUCAGAUAUUUGAAUGUCAUGUUUAGAGUGUAGCUUGACCUGUACCUUCAUACCCCUCACUUCAGGCACUAUGGCUUAACAAAAAAAAAAAAAAAAAGAAAAAAAGUACCAUUUCAUGCAGAGCUGUGAGCUCAUUAAAACAGACUGUGAAUCAGUCUGCACUUUAUUGUGUUUGUUAUUGUGACACAUUGUCAGAGUAAAAAAUUAUCAAGUA